AUGGAAGGUGAAGACGUUUGGGAAACACAUGUUGCAGACAAUGACUAUGAAAUUAAUACAGAAUAUCCACACAAUAUUAGGAAAAAAUCUACAGGAAAAAUUGUGAGUGAACAUAUAACAAAGAAAGGUUAUGUCAAGUUAUCUCUCAAUGGUUCUGAAAAAGCAAAGCAUAGACUAAUAGCAGAACAAUGGAUUCCAAACCCAGAUAACUUGCCUCAGAUAGACCAUCAAAACCAGAUAAAAACCGACAACAGAGUUGAAAAUUUGAGAUGGGUAAAUAAUAGAACAAAUGCUCAAAAUAGGAAAAGUUAUGCAGGAAAUGACUUUACAUACGUAGAUGAAAUAUCUGAAGAUGCUAUUGAGGUUAAAAGAUAUGGAAAGCAUGAGUUCGAAGAUUUAUUCUAUGACCCUGAACAAGAACUCUUCUAUUUCUUCAAUGGUUUGAGGUAUAGAGAGAUGAAUAUCUUAGAAGAUAAGAAUACUAGUCAGUUAUAUAUAAUGGCUAUAGAUAUUAUGAAUAGACGAACAAGAAUAUAUUAUAGUAAAUUCCGAAGAGAAUACAAAAAUAUAUGA